UUUUGAAAUAAUUCGAGUAAUUUUCAUUAAUUAAUUACAAAUAACGUUCAAUAACGGUCUAUUACAUCGCUCGAAUAUCGUCGAAGUGUGUAAUAUUUACAAAUACCGAGCUUAAUGAACUAAUAUUGAUACAUUACGUGUGAAGAUUAUUAUCGCGAAAGCUGCCAUACAAAAUCCGAACAGUGAACUUAAAUAGAAAACAGUCUGAUAAAACCUUUGAACCUUUCUUCAGAUUAUCACUCGAACGUAUAAGUUUUCCUUCCCGAUGUACAUUUGACUGGAAAAUCUCCAUUAUAACGAUGCCAUAACGAUGACAAAUUCUAAUACGUGGAACUGACACAAGUGAUUGAUACUCGUCUAAAAAUGAAGGAUGUCAACGAAUCUGGCGAUACGAGCGAUUCUUUCGAGAAUAUUUCAAUAGAAAACUUGAAAUACGAGAAGAAAGUUCGCGAGAUUAAAUAUUUCCUGUUGAAUACUCCCGCUACCAGAGAUGCGAAAUAUUUGGAUCAACUUCGAUCAUUUGCUCUUUCCGAAGGUGGACUCGUCAACGAUGAAAUACGUAAACAAGUUUGGCCAUUGUUGAUUGAUCUACAACCCGAAGAAUUCGACGAAGCUCCGAGUCCGGAAGAAUAUGAAAAUCAUAUAGAAUAUUCUCAAGUCGUACUAGAUGUUAAUCGCUCUAUUAAAAGGUUUCCUCCAGGGAUACCUUAUGAAAGUCGAGUAGCCAUGCAGGAUCAAUUAGUCCGGCUCAUAUUACGUGUCAUUAUGAAGUACCCUCAAUUACAAUAUUAUCAAGGUUAUCACGAUGUAGCAAUUACAUUCCUUUUAGUGGUCGGAGAAAAUAUAGCAUUCCACAUCAUGGAGAAACUUUCCACCAAUCAUCUCAAACAUUUCAUGGAACCGACUAUGGAAAAAACAUCGGAACUUCUCGAAUACAUAUUUCCUCUGAUGAAUCACGUUCAUCCUGAAUUAUGCGAUUAUUUGGAAAGAGCUGAAGUUGGAACUAUGUUCUGUUUGCCUUGGUUUUUGACAUGGUACAGUCAUACGUUGACUAAGUACGAACAUGUUGGAAGAUUAUACGAUUACUUUUUAGCGUCUGAAGCGCUGAUUCCUUUAUAUUUGGUGCCUAUGGUCGUUAUACAUCGACAAGACGAUGUUUUUGCUACCGAAUGUGACAUGGCCAGUCUUCAUCAAGUCUUAUCUCAACUCCCUGAUGAACUGCCUUUUGACGAUUUACUCAUAAAAGCUACUCAACUUUACCACAAAUAUCCUCCUGGUGAUAUCCAUAAAGAAGUAAUUGCCUGGAAACAAAAAAGGGAGAAACUGCUCUCAGUCCCUCGAAAACCAGUCAAACCAGUUGUACAAAAACCUGCCAGUCGUGGCUGGCAAUUCGUUCAACGUGUUAUCCCUCAAUGGUUUCUGCCAUAUGGAAAAAUACCCUUUGUCUUGGUUAGUGCCAGCUUUGUUGUCGGAUUAUACGCCUAUUAUCGUUACACAAAUCCAGUCGAUGGAUAUGAUUGAAUUGGCACCGGUAAUUUUCAUUCUUGAAAUCUCAAUCCUGCUCGAAUAUUUGAUUUACACGAAUAUUUUCAGAUUGACGUCGUUUUUAUGGUAAUUCGUGCUUUUUGGAAACGAAAACAAGCUUUAGUUAGGCCAUUUAUUUAAUUUUUCUUCACGAAAUCAAAUUUUAAAUCGCUGAAAGAGGCGUAGUGAAAUUCAUCGCUGGUUGAAUUUCUGAGUUACUUUAUUCUUUUUCGUAUUCUCAAUUUGUCGAUUUAUAUGAAUGUAUUUAUUUAUUUAUUUAUUGGUUAAUUCAUAAUUGUUAUUGUUACGUGUAUUUAUAGUUCCCUGUUUAUUAUCUGUGAUGAUAUUACAUUUUUAGCCUUGUUAUACGGUUUAAAUUUAUAAUAUUAGUGAUUUACGUGCCGCGUAUUAUGUUGUUUUGUAAUGUUUUCAAUUUUGGUUGAAAUAUUAAUGCAUUAUUUUUAUA